UCCGUCGUCCUGUCAUUAAAUGUUUCCCCUAAAAAUGACAGGGAAGUCAGUUUCUCGCUCUUCGUUAGCACAGUGUUUCUUCGCUUUGCUUAAUUUAUGUUUGUAAUUUACUCGUGUUGCAACAUAUUAUAAAAAAUGGAUUCCACGGUGACUGGAAGUCUCAGUUUGAGGAGAUCAGCGAGGCGAUCAUCAGUGUUGAGUAUAGAGCCGACCCCCAGGGGUCCCUUAAAGAGGACAAGAAAGAGGUCAGAAAAACAGCCUAAUGUUCCAGCAGUCAAUGGGUCCAAAGAGGCUGAAAAUGACCCAGAGGAUGAAGAGUCCCCUAGCAAAAAGAUCCGACUGCAGCCUGAAGAAGAUAGAGGGGCUCUUGGUGAUGAUGUUGAGAUGGACGACCAGGAAUCAGCUGAAGAUCCAGAGAAAAGUAACUUUCAACAACCAGAAAUACACCAAGGUGCCCAUGGAGAUGUGAAUUUAUCCCACAAAAUCAUUCCUGGUGAACGCUGGUCUGGUCAUGGGGUAAACAAAGAUGCUGACAUAUUAAAAACAGAGAGUGUAAAACCACCAAAAAGACAAGUAGCCCCAAGUAAAACUGUUGUGAAGAUGAAAAAUCCCAAGAUCACCAGCAUGGCUGAAUACAAAAAGACGAUGGAGGCCAAAGCCAGGAGCGCUGGAUUACCAGCAGUUAACAACCAUCUCCCAAGCAGUUAUCCAGCCUCAGACAAAUCCUAUUCAACACGAAGAUUUGUAAAUAACUUACCAAAACAAAAAGAUGCUGUUCAGCUCACAAAACAAGAAGGGACCAAGAAAGCUGCUGCAAUCAAAAAAAGCUCUUCACAUUCAUCAAGAGGUUUAAGGUGGUAUUUAUGGUGUUUGGUUCUCCUGGUGCUAGCUGGUUCUACUGUCUUUUUCAUACAUAAGAGUACCAUUCUACACCGAAGUAUGGCAGGUGAUGCAGAAUCUCCAUUCAAGUCUGUGGAGCCAGGAAUGUUUGCAGAUCAGUUGUCUCUUCUUGAGUCUCGGUUUCCCACUCAGCGUCUUGAGGUGUGGAAAAGAAGUAAAAUCCACAUUGAGAAGCACCUCAAAACAGCUCAGCCGAGAGAGCCAGUCAGCCUCAUCCUUACUGCGGGGCUCAAGGCUGAAAGGACGCUGCAAUGCCUGGCCCAGGGUUUGGCCUCUUCUUUCUCCUCUGCCCUCAAUGCCUCCGUACUUCACAUCUAUGGAGCCAGCAAAGCCAGCCAGGACAGUGACAAGGUCAAGCUGGACAUUGACAACCAGCUGCGAGCAUCCUUUGAAGGAGACAAACCUGCUGUGGUGAUUCAUCGCUUUGAGGAGCUGCCUCCUGGCUCCACCCUUAUCUUUUACCGCUACUGCGACCAUGAGAACUCCGCCUACAAACGAGCGUUCUUAUUGUUUACUGUGCUUAUGCCUCAGGAUAAGGUAGGGGCUGAUCUGAGUCUAAAGGAUGUGGAGGAGAGGGUGCAUGAGUACAUUAAAGAGAAGCUGGUUGGCUCCAGCAGUCAAACUGCCUUCAAUAAGAUGGACCUGGACAAGUUCAGUGGACUGUGGAGCCGAAUCUCCCAUCUCAUUUUACCUGUGGUGUCUGAGGAGGACAUAGAGCUGAAGGGAUGCUGAUGAACCAAGCUGUCUUUAUAGCAGAAGCUAUUUAACACCGUAGGCAACUAUAAAUAAGAAGUAAUGUAAAUAUAAUGUGUUUGCUGUCAUAUUUCACAUAUAGAUUUGACUGAAUAUGUUUGAGGUUUGUUUUGUCUCUUCAAGAGAUAAUAUUGUACUUAAGCUGCAUCCUUUUUUAUAAUUCACAUGACCUACAUCAAAGAUGUCCAGCACUGAUUUAAUGUUCUUACAUACAUGUACAGGCUUUUCAUAAAGAGGUAUAAGAAGUGAAACAGUAGCAUUCCAUUUCAAACUAAUGAUCCAGAUGCAUUUUGUUUUUUAAGAUUUAACAUACAAGAUAUAGUUUGAUUUUGUCUUGUUCUCUGUCAUAAAUCUUUUUCAUCAUCAUUUUUCAACAUUUGUUUUUAAAAACAGAUUCAUGGGUAAAUAAUAAAAUAUUUAACUUCUUCUUUGGAAGAAAACAACUUCAGGCCUUCUUUACUUGAGGUAAAAGAUCCCUGUUCUUCAUAAUGCCCUGGACCACUGCUGGUUUUGAUUGAUAUUUCCCAUGGAGAUCUGUAUAGCUCCUUUUGUAUUCUUUUACUAUGGUUUUGCACUAAAAAUUGUGUGAUUUUUGCUUUAACAACCAUCUAAGAGUACUUUUUAAAAUGUAAAUAAUUUAUGUGCUUUGUUUAUUUGUAAAUAUGCUGCAUACAUUUGAUAUUUUGUAUGUUUCUUGAAUUGGAAUAUUUUUGAUAGCUGUAUAUUUGUUGUAUACUGCAACAGUUUGGUAUAAUUUCUCAAGAAACCACUGAAAUGUUUAGUUUCAGAUAAGAUUACACAAAUUGAUUUGAAUUGUAACAUACAUUUGUAAAUGUUUUGACUAAAAACGAGUCACAAAAUGUGCCUUAAACUCUUUUGUGGAGAACAUUGGACUUUGAAUUGCUCCAAAUGACUCAUGACACAAUGUCCUGACAAAAUAAAAGCCCAAACAAUGUUUAAUGCUUAUUUAAGGAUAUAAAUACAGGUAGGUGUAUUUUGUCGUGAUACUCAUUCCUCUUAUGUCUUCAGUUUUUGAUGAAUUUGGUUUGGAUCAUACAUAUUUGUGUGUCAAUUUUCAAUAAAGAUUAUUUUGAUUACUACAAGA